CCCACGCGAUCGCGUUGCUACCCAGUUCGCGAAACGGCGUCAGCGUUGACAAGCGCUUGUCGCCGUGAGUGUCUCUCUUUUCCAGCGUACCGUCGUCGUUGUCGUAUGCGACGGCAGGAAUGGCCAGCGCCUCGACGCUCUGUCUGCUGCUGGUCGUCGCAUUGGCGGAGUCGGGCGCUUCCACGCAGCGCAUGCUGCGGUCGUGGGUGAACCCGGGCUGCGACGAGCCGUGCCGCGAGCGAAACGUGACGACGCUCUACCUGAGAGCCGAUGGCCCGAACGACACCCUGCACUACCUGUGGGACUUCAUUGGCACCCCGUCGGUGCUGCUGGCGGUCACGGCGCCGUCCGCCUGGCUCAACAUCACCUGGGACGAUUAUCUCGCCAGAAGGCCGAACUCGCUCACUUUCUCGGAGAAGCCCGCCUACUCCUUCGGCGUGAUAAUAAACAAGAUUAUCGAAUUCAACGACGUAAACGACACGGCACUGAUCAACACUGCCGACGUCACUAAUACGAACGCUUUGCGUACCGAGUAUUUCAACUGGCAGCGCGUCUCCCUAACGCAAAAGAGCGAGUUCGUCUACCUGGAUAUGGAGGGUAACUCUUAUCACGAUACAGCUAAGAAUAUCAGCAGAUACGGGAGUAUAAAGCUUUCGCUCCGAGGAUUCUGCACCGUCGACCACGCGGACAUGGUGCCGCACAUGUUGCACACGGAGAAUUCUACGCAAGUGGACAUCAUCCUCGACCACUUGCAGACCAACCAGAGCUUUUACUACAGCAGAUUCGCCGUUGAACUGCUCGCGGUUGGCGGCGGCGAUCCAGAAAUACCAAUGUUCGUUGAUCCGAAAAAGAGUCUGGACGACGAGCAUACUCCAGGCAUAUUUGAGGUUGUCGAAGUUAGGACACCACCCUACAGAGAAUUGGACGGCGCGUUAAACACCGGAUCGUAUUUGCAAUGGCGACCGGUGUCGUACAAUAGCGCGUCGCGCGACGUAACCAGUUCCACGGAGACAGUCCAGUAUCCACCGAAACAAGUGUUCAAUCAUACGACCGCGAUCAAGAAUACGAUGCUGUAUUGUUACUACGGAGAAGCCGCGGACGAUCUUUUGCUGCAGAAGUUGACGGUUUCCUUAGGCUCAAAAGGAGAUGGUUACUACAAGAAGACGAGUUACUUGACGUGGACCUUCAUGAUCGGAUACGGUACCCCACCGGAGGAGAGCUUUUCUUCUCUAGUCAUUAUGAUUAUCUCGAUUGGCCUCGGUCUCCCUUUGCUCAUUAUGAUCAUCACUGGCCUGUAUCUCUGUAUUCGCAGAAUGCCGAAACGACAUGGCAACGCUUAUUUAAAUCGAUGAACUUUCUGCCCGCGUGCCAUGUAAUUUCGUCGUAUGUACGCGUGUACGUUUAGGUACAUCGCUACUACACUCAAUCUAUUGUUCUUCACAAAGAGAUAUAUUCCUAUAUUUAUACAACACAUAUAUUAUAUAGAUAUAUAUUUUUACACGACAAUUAGCUCGGAUCUGAUAUCAGUGUGAUAUAAGCGUGAGUGAUAAUUUGUUCUCUCAUAAUGUAUUUGACGUUUAGCAAGAUGUUAGUGUAGUCCUCUCUCGUUCUCUGUUUUACUGUUUCACGAGGAUGUUGUUUGUUGACACUUGAUAAAUAAAAGUAUACAAGCAAUCACAUUGUUUUUAAAUAUGUUAUGAGAGAACGGCAUGUUAAACUUGUGCAACGAAUGAUUGAACUUUUCUAGGUAAUUUGUAAUUGAACGAUGAUUUGUAUGCACGAUUUACGAAAUAUAUCCUAUAAUAAAUAAGUUGUACUACAUUUUGUAUAGAGAUUUCACGAUAUUUUCAUUUCCUAUAUUUAAUGUUAAAGUAUUAGUAUAUAUUGCGAUGAUACAUUUAGUUACAUUUUCUGUGUAUUCACAUAUUUUAAUAUAUUUCAUUAAUAUACGAAAA